GCUGCUGUAGGGAACAGUAGCUGCUGGAGGUGUAGUGGUGACAGAGCGGUGACAGAGAGGUGCACAACAUACACCAGAUGUGAGUAUCACACAAGUAAAUGGAAAAGCAGCCACUUCCAGACAUGCAGGAAAACGCCUUAAUCCGAAGUAUCGAGGAGGAAUACAGAAAAGCAUUUGUAUACAUUAACAAAGGUCUGAACACUGAUGAAGUCGGUUACAAGGAAGAAGCUCGCAACUAUUACCGGCAAGGCCAGGAGCAUUUGAAAAGAGGAUUAAGUGUCUCAUUGCAGGGACCUCAGUGCACAGGUCCAGCCUGGGACACUGCAAGACAAAUGCAAGCAAAGAUGCGAGAGACAUUGGAGAAUGUGAAUACCAGACUAAAUAUCUUACAGCAGAGUAUGUCAGGUGCUCCUGCAAACCUUCCACCUAUGGGCGCAUCUGCCCCAGAGUCAACUUUAUACCCAUCACUGCCACCAAAACAGAGAGAAAAACCCGAGAGACCACCACUGCCAAUAUUACCGCCAUUGCCUUCUGAGCCAGUGAAUGGGGUGUCAUGUAUAGCGACAGACAGUGGGGCAGCCCUGAAUCCCUAUAUAGCAGGACUUGCAGCACCCCCAGCAUACACUCCUCAGGCCACAGAUGGACAUUACACUGUCUCAUAUGGCACGGAGUCUGGGGAACAUUCCAUAGUUGGGGAUGAGUUCUAUACUAUGCCCACUCAGCCUCCUCCAGUGCAAAGUCUGGGAGUAGAUGCCGAGGAACUCAUCCUUUUACCCAGAGGAGUCCAGAUUUUCUAUGUGACACCAGAUGGACAAGUGAGCGCCCCCUCAUAUCCGGGGUAUCUCCGUAUUAUCAAGUUUAUGGACACCAGCAGUGAAAUGGACCAGACUCGCCCUCCGGCUUUCCUCCAGGUGUGUGACUGGCUAUACCCACUCAUGAGUAACCAGUCUCCGGUUUUACGUUCUAAUACUGGGGUGUACAUGUUCCCAGACCUGAUGUCGCAGCUUCCCGGCUCUUACGUGGGGGUGGUGCUCUCGGCCGAGCUCCCCCAUGCUGAUGUGGAGCUCUUUGAAGACCUCAUGAAACAGAUGUCUAACCUGAGAAUUCAGCCUAGUGAAGCAUCAGACGAAGUCAUAGACUUGACUCAAAGAAUCCAUGUGGUUACUAUACCUGAACCAGAGCCGACACCAAUAGAAAAGGAUGCCUUACCUCCAUGGAGUGAGAAAGUGGCCCAGGGAAUUCUCCAAGGAGCUUCUUGGCUGAGUUGGGGUCUGGUGAAAGGAGCAGAGUUUACUGAAAAAGCCAUUCACAAAGGCGCCACCAAAAUAAGAGAACAUAUACAGCCUGAGGAUAAACCUCUAGAGGUCAACCCCACAGUGGCCAAAGGACUUCACGUAGCCAAGCAAGCCACCGGUGGGGCAGUCAAAGUCAGUCAGUUCUUAGUGGAUGGGGUCUGUGCUAUUGCAAGUUGUGUUGGGAGAGAGCUGGGUCCACAUGUGAAGAAACAUGGCAGCAAACUUCUUCCUGAAUCUCUGAAGAAAGACAAGGAUGGAAAAUCUCCAUUGGAUGGUGCCAUGGUGGUGGCAGCCAGUGGAGUACAAGGAUUUGCAACAGUUUGGCAAGGCCUGGAGUAUGCGGGGAAGAACAUCACAAAAAGUGUCGCCACAGAGACUGUGCACACUGUAAAAUACAAGUAUGGAAAAGAUGCCGGCCAUGCCACCCACAACGCAGUCAAUUCUGCCAUCAAUGUCGGGGUGACUGCAUUUAAUAUCGAUCACAUUGGUAUAAAAGCAAUAGUGAAAAAGACUGCAAAAGAAACUAGCCAUGCCAUCCUGGAUGAAUACAAGCUAAAAGAGAAACAGGACAAGAAAGGGGAACCCCACUGACGCCGCGCACAGCGCCCUAUUCUGCCUUAGUGUGCGACACUACAUUUUCUUAGCGGUUCAUACAAUGAUAUCUUGGUUUUCAAUAACGUUUGCUUCAGCGUGAAACAUCAAAAGACAACUGGUCCGAAUAUGGCUAAUAUAUUUGUCUAUAUCAGGAUUUCCUAACCAAGGUGCCUCCAGC